AUGAGCGUUUCCGGCAAAUACGAGUUUCAAAGCUUGGCUUCAAAAAUGUCCACUCGGUCCACGGAAGAGACAGUUUCAGCUCCAUCGCCAGUGCAAAUGAAACCUGUUGAAAGAAGACUUCCAGAGAAAAUCCAACACUUGGAGAACCAGGUCGUCGAGUCCAAUCAAGACUUGGAUGUGAAAGCAAGUGUAAAAGUGGUGACACGAGUUCAACUCGCUGGCGUCAAAAUUUCAACUGACUGUUUUUGCAAUGAUAAAUAA